UCUUGUCCCUCUGCAGCAGACAUAUGGUGAGAAAUAUGAUUGGAACAUCGUUCGGCAUUAAAAAUCACAGCAUCAAAUCACAAUACAUUUAGAAUCGUAAGAAUCUCAAUACAUAUUUUAAAUCGGCUCCUAAGUAUGGUGAUACUAUCAUACCAUGGGGUCCCUGGUCAUUCCCAGAACCUAGUUAUGAAGGGGCCAAUACCCUUCCUCCUCUUUCCUCUUGUUUCUAUUAUUCACACACACAGAGUAAAUGUAGGGAGGGGUUGGUUGGUUGCUGUGCAGGAAAUGAUAACAGUAUACUUUGGGUACUGGCUGUGGCAGAAGCUGCACACUUCUGCAUAGUCGGCCGUGGCUGACUGAGGUGGCUGACGCAAUAGGGAAAUAUAUCUGAUACUUGUUCAGUUUAAUUCUGUGGCUGACCUCAUACAUGGUCCUGGAGUCUGUUCAAUGCAUAGGUGACCAACCGCUCUUCUGAAACAUAACCGAGGAGUGAAGAUUAAGAGCUCUUCCAUCUGAUUUUACACUUCCUGUUACUAACCAUCAUGUCGUGGUCUGAGGGUGUGAACUCCACCCUGAACCUUCACUCCAACACCACCUCCCCCCUGUUCUGCACCAACCUGUACGACCACCGGCCCGUCGCCCGCGUCCUCAUGUCUCUCCACUACACCCUGGUCUUUAUACUCGGCCUCCUGGGUAACGCCCUGGCACUACACAUCAUCAGACCCAACCUGGCCCAGAUCAACUCUACCACGCUCUACUCUGCCAACCUGGCCGCCUCCGACGUCCUCUUCACCCUGGCCCUGCCGCUGAGGAUAACCUACUACGCUCUAGGUUUCCACUGGCCCCUGGGGGAGACCCUGUGUCGGGUCACUGCCCUUCUGUUCUACGUCAACACCUACGCAGGGGUCAACUUCAUGACCUGCCUGGCCAUAGACCGCUUCGUAGCCGUGGUUCUCCCUCUACGCUACACCAGGCUCUGCCGGGCCCGGACGGUCCGCUACGUCUGCCUAGGGGUGUGGGUUCUAGUCCUGGUCCAGACGUUACCACUCCUCUCCAUGACCAUGACCCGGGCCGAGCCGGAUGGGACCACCACCUGCAUGGAGUACCCCAACUUCGAGAACGGGGCCGUGGAGGGUCUCCCCUACGUCCUCACUGGAGCCGUCGUCAUGGGAUAUGGCGUUCCCGUUGCGACCAUCCUGUGUUGCUACUUGGUGUUGCUAUGGAAGCUGCGGUUGGCGGCGAGGAGUGGGGUCGGUGGGCGAGGUCACAGGUCAUUGAGGAGCCAGAAGGCGAUGGGGGUGAUAGCAGGGGUGGUGUUGGUGUUUGUAGUGUGUUUCAGUCCCUAUCACAUCAACAUCCUGCAGUAUAUGAUCAGAAAGAUGAGAUACACACCAGACUGCACUGAGCUUCAGGCCUUUCAGAUGUCUCUACACUUCACUGUGUGUCUCAUGAACCUCAACUGCUGCCUGGACCCCUUUGUCUAUUUCUUCGCCUGUAAGGGCUACAAGAGGAGGGUGUUGAAGUUGUUGAGGGUUCAGGUCAGUGCCUCCUUCUCCAGCGUGGUCCGAAUCGGGGAGGACACCUCCUUCACAAGGGGGGAGACCCAGGAUGGGAGGAGCAGGAGGAGGCUGGGUAGCCGCACAGCUAGUCCUGUUGCUUUAGAUGAUGCUACCAAUAUCAUUACUGGGCCAGAGACUGAGACAGGAGCCAGAGACUGAGACAGGUGCCACAUCCAACCAACUACCACAAAGACAGGAGACACAUCCAACCAACUACCACAAAGACAGGAGCCACAUCCAACCAACUACCACAAAGACAGGAGCCACAUCCAACCAACUACCACAAAGACAGGAGCCACAUCCAACCAACUACCACAAAGACAGGAGCCACAUCCAACCAACUACCACAAAGACAGGAGCCACAUCCAACCAACUACC